CUCUCCGGGAGCGGACGUGACGCGCGGGGCGCUCGGGCGGCGCUGCCGGGGCGAUGGAGGCGCGGGAGGCGCUGCGGGACGUGCGGGGAGCGCUGCGGGCGGUGCUGGCGCGGGUGCGAGAGGGAGAACCGGGCGAGGGCCGAGAGCCGUUCGAGCUGCCGCGCUUCUGGGACGCGCUAGGUCAGACAUUCCAAGUAACAUCACAGGAAGCUACAAAGCUGAGUCUGGCGUUCUCAAGGCCUCCGCUGCCUUCUGCAGAGGAUUGCCGGAAGCUGAGUGAAGAUGUCCAAAAUGCCAUUCUUGCAGUUGCCACAGUGUACUACUGGCUCCCCAAGGGCCAAGGCACUACUCUUCGGAAGAUGGUACGAGAUGCUACCACUGAAGUAGUGGAAGGGAUGAUCCAGCUCACAGACACAAUUCUCAAUGCUCCAGCAGAGAGCUUGUCUCAGGAACAGCUCAUAUCGACUGGAGGCGUGUGGGAGGCGUGUGAGCAAGUGUCCAACCUGCCACGAGAUAACCAGGCAGCAGUUGCAUCAGCUCUGACGGCGUGUCUAGGUGUGGUCAAGGAUGCUGUGGAGGAGAUGGAACAUGCACUGGUGGAAGGGCAGGAUCCCUAUGGUGACAUCAUGGAAGAUGAAGAGCUGGGCUUUCGGGGCAACAGGGACACGUACUGGUCAGAAGCUGACCGGCAGCUGCUCAGCUCCUGCAUGGGGUUAAUGAAGGCUUCCAAAGCUUGCCUGAAGAAGGUCCUGGGUGCAGUGAAGGCCUAUGGCAAAGCUGAUUCUCCAGAGCAGAUUGCUCAGCUGGAUGACCUUGCAGACAUUGCUAAUGAGAUCAGUCCAAGUGUUGAUGAGCUGGCACUGAGCAUGUACCCACCUGUGAACCCGCUGGCUGUGCGACUUAAUGCUGCUAAGUUGGCCUCGGUAUUAAAGAAGGUCUUAGAGAUUGCAAAGACAAGCCACGUGUGUCCACCGUCAGAGGAAGGCUGGGUGCAGUUUCUAAAUGGUGCAGUAGAUCACAACAUGAACAAAAUCAAGAACUUCACUCAGGGUCAACUUUAGCUCUCCUGUGCCCACGUGUGUUGCUGCCACUGGCUCUGGCACGUGCUUUUCCCGUGAAUCUUGCUGUUCUUCAGCUGCUGGGAGGAUGAUGAGAACAAUGUUUCUAGGAGAGAACCUUACUGCCACUUGGAAAAACUUUUCCAGGAAGUUGCUCUUCGCCGUUGCAGAAGUUGUCAUUUUACUUGGAUUCGUGGGAUGAUGCAGUGCUGCAUCUCAACCUGCCCCACUCCUGAGACCUUGCAGCUACUGUGGGGUUCAAAGAACAAUAAAAUACUGCUAGAUUUGCA